CGAAAGCUCCAGUUAUAAAAGCCUCCCUCCUCCUGCGAGCGAAGGGACAGCAGACUUUGGGGUAAAAGAGAAUCCUGCCUGACAAGCACCACUGAUGGGAAAGAUGUCCUUCGAGGGAGCCCGGCUCAGCAUGCGGAGCAGGAGGAACGGCACACUGGGCAGCACGCGGACACUGUACUCCAGCGUGUCCAGGAGCACGGAUGUGUCCUACAGCGACAGUGACUUGGUGAAUUUUAUCCAAGCAAAUUUUAAGAAGCGAGAAUGCGUCUUCUUUACCAAAGAUUCCAAGGCCACGGAAAACCUGUGCAAGUGUGGCUACGCCCGGAGCCAGCACAUCGAAGGCACCCAGGUCAAUGACAGUGACAAGUGGAACUACAAGAAGCACACCAAGGAGCUGCCCACGGAUGCCUUCGGGGACAUUCAGUUCGAGACGCUGGGGAAGAAAGGAAAGUACAUCCGUCUGUCCUGCGAUACGGACGCGGAAAUCCUCUACGAGCUGCUGACCCAGCACUGGCACCUAAAAACACCCAACCUGGUCAUUUCCGUGACCGGGGGCGCCAAAAAUUUUGCCCUGAAGCCGCGAAUGCGCAAGAUCUUCAGCAGGCUGAUCUACAUUGCGCAGUCCAAAGGUGCCUGGAUUCUCACGGGAGGCACCCAUUACGGCCUGAUGAAGUACAUCGGGGAGGUGGUGAGAGACAACACCAUCAGCAGGAACUCUGAGGAGAACAUUGUGGCCAUCGGCAUCGCGGCUUGGGGCAUGGUCUCCAACCGGGACACCCUCGUCAGGACUUGUGAGGCUGAGGAACAUUUUUCGGCUCAGUACAUUAUGGAUGACUUCACUAGAGACCCUCUGUACAUCCUGGACAACAAUCACACCCAUCUGCUGCUUGUGGAUAAUGGAUGUCACGGACACCCCACCAUCGAAGCCAAGCUCCGGAACCAGCUGGAGAAGUACAUCUCUGAGCGCACAAGUCCAGAUUCCAACUAUGGUGGCAAAAUCCCCAUUGUGUGUUUUGCUCAAGGCGGUGGAAGAGAAACUUUGAAAGCCAUCAACACCGCCGUCAAAAGUAAGAUUCCUUGUGUGGUGGUGGAAGGCUCGGGGCAGAUUGCUGAUGUGAUCGCCAGCCUGGUGGAGCUUGAGGAUGCCUUGACUUCUUCUAUGGUCAAGGAGAAGCUGGUACGCUUUCUACCCCGCACUGUGUCCCGGCUGCCUGAGGAAGAGACCGAAAGCUGGAUCAAAUGGCUCAAAGAAAUUCUCGAAUGUUCUCACCUGCUAACAGUGAUUAAGAUGGAAGAAGCUGGGGAUGAAAUUGUGAGCAACGCUAUUUCCUACGCCCUAUACAAAGCCUUCAGCACUAAUGAGCAAGACAAGGACAACUGGAACGGCCAGCUGAAGCUGCUGCUGGAGUGGAACCAGCUGGACCUCGCCAGCGACGAGAUCUUUACCAACGACCGGCGCUGGGAGUCUUCGGACCUUCAAGAAGUCAUGUUUACGGCUCUCAUAAAGGACAGGCCCAAGUUUGUCCGCCUCUUUCUGGAGAACGGCUUGAACCUGCAGAAGUUUCUCACGGAUGACGUCCUCUCCGAACUCUUCUCCAACCACUUCAGCACCCUCGUGUACCGGAACUUGCAGAUCGCCAAGAACUCCUAUAAUGACGCCCUUCUCACGUUCGUCUGGAAGCUGGUUGCAAACUUCCGAAGAAGCUUCUGGAAGGAAGAGAGAAGUAGCAGGGAUGACCUGGAUGUGGAAAUUCAUGACCCGUCUUCCAUUACCCGGCACCCCCUGCAGGCGCUCUUCAUCUGGGCCAUUCUUCAGAACAAGAGGGAACUCUCCAAAGUCAUCUGGGAACAGACCCGGGGCUGUACACUGGCAGCCUUGGGGGCCAGCAAGCUCCUGAAGACUCUGGCCAAGGUGAAGAACGAUAUCAACGCUGCAGGCGAGUCCGACGAGCUGGCCAACGAGUACGAGACUCGCGCUGUGGAGCUGUUCACAGAGUGCUACAGCAGCGACGAAGACUUGGCGGAACAGCUGCUGGUCUACUCCUGUGAAGCCUGGGGCGGGAGCAACUGCUUAGAGCUAGCUGUGGAGGCCACAGACCAGCACUUCAUCGCCCAGCCUGGAGUGCAGAAUUUUCUUUCCAAGCAAUGGUAUGGAGAGAUUUCCAGGGACACCAAGAACUGGAAGAUUAUCCUGUGUCUGUUUAUCAUCCCCCUGGUGGGCUGUGGCUUUGUGUCAUUUAGGAAGAAGCCUGUCGACAAGCACAAGAAGCUGCUGUGGAACUACGUGGCCUUCUUCACCUCCCCCUUCGUGGUCUUCUCCUGGAACGUGGUCUUCUACAUCGCCUUCCUCCUGCUGUUCGCCUACGUGCUGCUCAUGGACUUCCACUCGGUCCCGCACACCCCCGAGCUGGUCCUCUACGCGCUGGUCUUUGUCCUGUUCUGUGAUGAAGUAAGACAGUGGUAUAUGAACGGGGUGAAUUACUUCACCGACCUGUGGAACGUUAUGGACACGCUGGGUCUCUUUUACUUCAUAGCGGGAAUUGUAUUCCGGCUCCACUCUGCUAACAAAAGCUCUUUGUACUGUGGACGGGUCAUUUUCUGCCUGGAUUACAUCAUAUUCACUCUGAGGCUGAUCCACAUUUUCACUGUGAGCAGAAAUUUAGGACCCAAGAUUAUAAUGCUGCAGAGGAUGCUCAUCGACGUGUUCUUCUUCCUGUUCCUCUUUGCUGUGUGGAUGGUGGCCUUUGGGGUGGCCAGGCAGGGGAUCCUGAGACAGAACGAGCAGCGAUGGAGGUGGAUCUUCCGCUCGGUCAUCUACGAGCCCUACCUGGCCAUGUUUGGCCAGGUGCCCAGUGACGUGGACGGUACCACCUAUGACUUUGCACGCUGCACCUUCACGGGCAACGAGUCAAAGCCCCUGUGCGUGGAGCUGGACGAACACAACCUGCCGCGCUUCCCCGAGUGGGUGACCAUCCCGCUGGUGUGCAUCUACAUGCUGUCCACCAACAUCCUCCUGGUCAACCUGCUGGUGGCCAUGUUUGGCUACACGGUGGGCACUGUCCAGGAGAACAAUGACCAGGUCUGGAAGUUCCAGAGGUACUUCCUGGUGCAGGAGUACUGCAGCCGCCUCAACAUCCCCUUCCCCUUUGUGGUCUUCGCCUACUUCUACAUGGUGGUGAAGAAGUUCUUCAAGUGCUGCUGCAAGGAGAAGAAGACAGAAUCCUCUGCCUGCUGUUUCAAAAAUGAGGACAACGAGACCUUGGCAUGGGAGGGCGUCAUGAAGGAGAAUUACCUCGUCAAGAUCAACACGAAGGCCAGCGACAACUCAGAAGAAAUGAGGCAUCGGUUUAGACAACUGGAUACAAAGCUUAAUGAUCUCAAGUGUCUCCUGAAGGAGAUUGCUGCUAAAAUCAAAUAAAGUGACAUGAACUGUCAUGAAAAAAAAUCUAGUUAUAGCAAGGUGAUGUCCGCCAUCUGAAUCAAAAAAUUUAAGCGAUGCUGAAGAACAAUUUUGCUAUUGACUACUGAGGGGAAGUUUUCAAGUCCCCGGGUGCACUGUGGAUGGUUUUUAGUUCCCCUGAGCAUGCCCACCUCUGAGAACGAAGUGUGUGACUGAUUUCACACUCACAAAGAUUGGAAAGCAAGAGCAGUCCUGCUGCGUGCUUCCUCGGGGGCCCUUGUGACCACCUGUGUCUGGUGUCCUGUCCUGGUGCUUAAGUGGUGAAGUCUUUCUCUCAUCCUUCUUCCCCCUUAAUCAUCUUACUUUGACAUAUGCAUCAAACAGAAGAACAUCUUUUUUUUUUUUUUUUAACAAAAAAAGAGCCGAGUCUUGCUUUUACACUUAUGUUAGUUUCUCAUUCCCAGUUGACUCUCUAUUUUUUUGCCUUUGUAUGAUGUGACUGUAAUACAUUGAUAGAUGUGAAAAGACUUCCAAAUCAGGCCAGAUUCUAAGACAUGCCAGGGUGCAGGGAACCUGAGCUUUUGAAGAAACCCUCUCCCUUCUGCUCUUGCUUAUUACCUAUAGAAGGAGGGGCUUGGGUAGUGACUUCCCCUGUGAAGCCCCCAGCAGGGCUAUUGGAGGGAUCACUCCCCUGCACCAAGGUGAAAGUCACCCAAGACAGAGCCCCAAGAGUCACCCUGAUGGUUCAGGUGCUUUUCUUUCUCAUUAUUUUUUCCUAUUAAAAAGAAUGCAUAGCUAUGAUAGACAACCAGGCAUCCCAGCGAUUUAGAAAGAAAUCGCUCUCCCUCCCUAACAUGCUCACCUCACACAUCUCUGGGUAUUUUGCAACUCUAGAUUUUCUAGUUUUAUUUCCCUUAAAAUUUUUUACAUAGUGUCAUAGUCCUGCACACACAAUUUUUUGGUAAGCCUUUUCACUAAAUAUUUUAUCAAAGAUAUUUUGUUUUUAUACAUGGUAUUCCUAAACAUUCUACUAACAGUUUCACAUGUUCAGCUUCUAGUAAUAAAUGUUCUCACUGGAAGGCUGAUUCCAGUUGGCCCUUGAGGUGAACAGCUUUGUGCAUGACCUUUUUUUGCAUUUGGGUAAACUUCCCAAGGCUGGAUUCUAAGGACUAUCUAUUAAUCGUUGAACCAUUUACAGGGCUUUUUCAUAAAUGUAUAGAAAGUAGGAAUUGUUAAAUUGAGUAUAAAAUAUAAGAUACACUAAGCUACAACUAUUAGAAUAAAAUAUUGCAUCUAAUCUUCAGCUUAGGAAGAAGCCAAUAUGCUUAUUUCAAUAUUCUGUCAAUCUAGAAUUGGACAGAUGUCUUACUGAGCAUUCCAUCCCAGCCUCUGCAAGUGGUGUUAUCUGAGCUCGGGAGAGAAGUGCUUAGUGUGCCUAUGGCACUUUAAACUAGUUUUCCAGCUUUGAGUAGACUCGAAGUCCAGUAGAUAAAAUAAGGGUCUUAGAAGGAAGCUAUUAAAUGAAUGUCCAAUCAGAAAAACUACAAAAACACUCACCCAGAAUUCUGUUUUCAUUUUUUUCUGGGCAGAUCCUUCAUGACAUUUGCAGGGAGUGAACACAAAUAAAAGAUUUCUUUUUACUUAACUCCGAUAAUGGCUUAAAAGGGACUCUUACUCAAUAGGGCUGUCAGUUCAUAGUUUCAGCUGCUGACCGAUGGGACAGAAUUUACAUGACAAACAAAUGGUCCAUGAAUGGAAAGCUCAAGAUUUUCCAUUUGUGGGAGAAAUGGUCACUUCUGCCUCACCAUGGCAACUAAAAUACCUGCGGUUUCUGAAACCACCAGGAAGGAGAUCAUGUCUGCUUCACAUCGGGAAAAAUAUAUAUGGCAGGAAAAAAAUACUGGCCCAUCUUGAUGGACCAUAUAUUGUGCUGGUCCAUCAAGUUGUACAGAAAGAGAAACAAUCUCAACCUGUCACUCUUGAUUCCAGUGGGAGAUAUGAGUGAAAUCAAUAAAUUAUAUUUAAAACUGUCCCUAGAAGACAAUAAUCAGGUCAUCUGUUUCCUAAUCUCCCUUUUGUGAAUUUGUGUAUUCCUGUUUCCACUAAUGGUAUCUCUGUUGGCUUAAUAAACUGACAUGUACCCUGAGAUCAGCAGCAUAAGAGAUUCUCGCGUGGAUCCAAGAGUUUGGACAUUUCCUCAGAAUUCACUUGUAUAAGGCAGGGAGCUUGUAACGCCCACCUCUUCCGGGCAUUUCUACAACUAGGACUUGUGACUGCCAGCGUAGCUCACGGAAAUAGCGCAUGCACUGACUGUUCCUCUCGUCAAAGGUGCUACAUUGUUGGUGUGUAUCCAGUGUGGCCUGUGUACCUGUGCGCUACCACUGAGCAUUGGGAGGGUUGGUUUAAAUGUGUGAGUUAAUGAAUUAAAAAAUAGAGGAACUGU